GCCGCAGUAAAUAUGGUACUUCAAGUGGAGUAGACUCACUACGGGAACUGCUGAAGGCAUGUGAACCACGACUGGACGUCUUUCAAAGGAGUGUCCAAAAGCACUUGACAGAAUAAUCUGAAUACAGCGGGGGAACUCGCAGAGCCGCAGCGGUCCAAUUUUGGGAAUGCGGGACAUGGAGGCAAAGGCUUACAAAUAACGCACAGUUCAAGCGGUAACAUGGGCUGAAUAUCGUUUAUCCAGGAAAAAAAAGAAAACAGACGUAAAUGAAGAGGAACAAGGCCCGGUAGCAGUGUAGCGCAUAACGGUUUGCAUGGUGCACAAGGCAUCUUAUUUUCCGGGUGGACUUUGCCUGCGCUUUCUGCAGUAGAGAACCCACACGAAUGAACGCUGUACAUGGACGUACUGGAAGAUAGCGGCUAAGGUGUGAUGGCAACCAGUCAAGAGCAGAGGUUGCCUCGUGUGGCAGUGUGCCAUGACUACCUGGGCCGCAGGGAGUGGCGCGUUGCCAAGGAGACGGCGGUGGCCCAGCUGAAGCAGCGGCUGCAGGAGGAGACGGGACUUCCUGUGGAGGAGCAGAGGCUGCUGAUUGGAGGACGAGUGCUUCAUGAUGGCGUGUUGGUGGGGGACCUAGUAUCAACAGGAAGUAAUGAGGUGUCGCUGACGCUGACAGGAAGUGGACUGAAGGGUGGCGGGAGGUUUGGCCAGACGACCCCUCCGCUGGUGGAGUUCUUGAAGGAUAUCCUCAGACGCUACCCCGAAGGAGGCCAGAUCCUCAAAGAGUUGAUUCAGAAUGCGGAAGAUGCAGGAGCGACGGAGGUCAAGUUCAUGUACGAUGAGACGGAAUAUGGCGUGGAGUCGCUAUGGUCACCAGACAUGGCGCAGUACCAAGGGACGGCUCUGUAUGUGUACAACGAUGCGGUGUUCACCGAGGAGGACUGGAACGGAAUCCAGGAGAUUGCACGGAGCAGGAAGAGAGAGGACCCACUGAAAGUAGGACGCUUUGGCAUCGGAUUCAACUCUGUCUACCACAUAACAGAUGUGCCGAGCAUCUUUAGCGGCGACCAGAUCGGCAUGCUGGACCCGCACCAGACGCUGUUCGGCGCCCACGAGUCGGGCCAGUGCUGGAACCUCAAGUCGGACAUCAAGGAGAUCGCCGAGCUCCACGACCAGUUCUCGCCCUACUUCGGCCUGUUCGGCAGCGGCACCGAGCGGAGCCUGCUGCAGGACGGCCACUUCCCCGGCACGCUGUUCCGCUUCCCGCUGCGCGUCAGGCCCUCGCAGCUCAACGCCAACCUCUACAACAAGGAGAAGGUGCUGGAGCUCUUCGAGUCCUUCAAGGCGGACGCCGACACGGUGCUGCUGUUCCUCAAGAGCGUCCGGAAGGUGUCGCUGCACGUGCGCGAGCCCGACGGCACGGAACGCACGCUGUUCCAGGUGACGUCGGGAAGCGAGGACGAUGGCGAAGACGACUCGGACAGGAAGCUGGAGCGACCGAACUCUCUGAAGACGCUCGGACGCGCCAUCGAUAGCUAUAGCAACGGCGUCCUUAGCGACGAGGUCACCUGCGCCACCUACCAGGUGGACAUCCAGGUGCGUGACGCGGAGUCGGCGCGCGAGACGCAGAACACCAGCUGGUUGGUGUGCAACGGGGUCGGAGGUCGCGGGAUGUGUGCCGACCUGGACUCGCUGGCUGACGACCUCAAAUUCAUCCCCACCAUCGGCAUCGCCCUGCCACUCAGGUCAAGUGAUGAGGAGGAGGAGGAAGGGGAAGGGGAAGGGGGUUCGGCGGCCGGCUCCGGGUUCGAAGGUCGCGCGUUCUGCUUCCUGCCCCUCCCUCUGGGUGAUGAGAGCCUCACGGGACUCCCGGUGCAUGUCAGCGGCUUCUUCGGCCUCACCGACAACCGCCGCAGCAUCAAGUGGCGAGAGGUGGACCAAUGGCGUGACCCUGCCGCGCUCUGGAACGACCUCCUCAUCGUCACGGUGAUCCCGCGUGCCUACUUCACCCUGAUCACGGAGGCGGUGCGGCGCACGCAGGCCUGCGGCAAGAAGAAGGACCGCGAGGGAGGAGGAGGAGGAGGAGGAGGAGGAGGCUUCCCUCUUUCGCCCCGCAGCAUCUACGCUGCCUGGCCCGACCCGGUCCGCACGCGCUCGCGCUGGAGGUCCGUGCUGGAGCCACUGUACCGGGACCUGCUGGCCCAGCCCGUGGUGUGGUCGCUGGGCAACAGCUGGGUGCGGCCGGACGAGGCCGUGUUCUCCGAGCUCGACCCCGAGCAGGACGAGACCGCCGCCGCCGUCACCAGAUACCUCCAGAGCUCAGGGAUGCACCUGGCACAGGUACCGGCCUCUGUGGAUGCGGUGUUGGCGGCGUACGUGGGCGGCGGCUCGGGCGUUUCCAAGGCGACGCCGGCCUUCGUGCGGCAGGCACUGCGCAAGACCAAACACAAGGGCGGCGCUCAAGAGAAGCUCCAGCUGCUGGAGUUCGUGCUCAGCGACGCCGGAUACAGCGAUCUGAUUGGUCUAGAGCUCCUGCCGCUACAGGAUGACACGUUCACGGCGUUCUCGUCCUCCGUGAGCGAGAAGGACGCCGUCUACAUUUCCUCCGAGGACUACCCCAGGUCUCUCUAUCCUGGCCUGGAGGGGAGGUUUCUACUGGAGAGCCUCAGCCCCAGGGUGAUGGAUAGACUAAAGGAGGCCGCCAAAACCAGAGUUCAGCAGAUUCUGUGGGGCUGCUCAGGAAGACCGUGUACUCAGGUGCAAGUGCUCACUCCCGAGCGCUCAGCUCGACUCAUCAAGGAGAUCCUGACCACGGCUUGGUCCUCCUCCAGGGAUUUCGCCGUUCCUUGGACGCCCGGAAACCAGGAGAAAAAGCAUCCAACAAGCACCUGGCUGAAGAUGGUGUGGAAGCACCUCUACAUCAACUUCGCAGACGACCUCAGCAUGUUCGAAGACAUGCCUUUGAUCCCCAACAUGCCCCUUGACGAAGCCAAGGGGGCUUCUCUGGAUCUGCUGCGCCUAAAGACUCCAUCUCCCAUCAUGCUCGUGAACGAGGAAGAGGGCCCCCUUCCUGAAUGCAUGCUGGAGGUCAUGAAAAAGACUGGCGGGGUCGUCGUGAAGAAACUGGAUCCGUGCCUGCAGCACCCGCUGUUGAUGAAAAACUACAUCCACCCCUCGUCCCCCAAUACACUACUGCAGAUAAUGGACAGGACCUCCACUCAGAGGCUGACGAGUCAGGUGUCCACCCUGACCUGGAAGCAAAAGAUUGCCUUGCGGAGCUUCCUGGCCGGACUCUCCGACGUCACGGACAAAGAGAGGCGCAUCAUCGUGGAGCUGCCGAUCUUCGAGCGGGUCGGCGCAGCCAAAGGCAACCGCUCCUUCACCUCCCUGAGAGGCGCCAGGGCCAUACACCACUCAGCCAAAUACCCUUCCGAUGUGAAGCUGUCCAUCAACGUGGUGGACAGCAGUGACGAGGCGACCAUACGCCUGGUGAAGAUGCUGAAUGUCGAGCAGGUGAAGAGCACCGAGUGCCUCAAGGUGAUCAUACAGGACUUUGAAAAGGGCUUCUACACUAAAGACGAAAUUAGCAAAAUCAUGAUGUGGGCCCUGACCCACUUGUCCUUCCUGAAAAACGAAAACAAGACCGUGAUUAGCCUGCUGUCCUCUCUGAAAUUCAUCCACACCACCUCCACGGCGAAGCCCGUCGCGGCGACAGACCUCUUUGACCCGGAGCUGGAGAUUCUCCAGGACUUGUUCUACAUGGAGGAAAAAAGCAGAUUCCCACCAAACACAUACACCACGUCCCCUGACAUCCUUCACUCCCUGAGGCAGCUAGGCCUAAAGAACGAGGUGCAGCUGACUGAGAAAGAUGUCCUACAGGUGGCACAUAAAGUCGAGGAGUUGCAGGGAAAGACCAAACCUGACUGGAACCCACUGAUGAAGAAGGCAAACACUCUACUCACAGUUCUCAACAAGCAGACGAAGCUCAUAAAGUCCUCAGACGGUCAGGCCACCCUGCAGAAACUGAAGUGGGUGCCAGUGUGCAAAGACAGACCUCUGAAUUACCCCAAAUCCCUUGCCUGGCGGGGUGACGACUGCAGCAUUGGCUCCUUCUCAGAAAUGUGUGAUAUAUCGCACGCCGUGCUUGUGGGGUCUUCCGUCGCUCUGGCUGAACGCACUUCUGCCGGCAUGAAGAAAUCUCUGAAGUUGUCGAUCGAGCCACAGGUCGAUCAGGUGCUGCAGCACUUAAAAGCUGUGAACGACUGGCACAGAUCUCAGGAAUUCACAACAGACGACUGGUACCAGUUUCAGCAGAUACUGUGUGAGAUAUACGACUUCAUGCAAACACAUUUGGAGGAUGCCAGAGAGGCUAUGAAGUCACUGCCUUUUGACUGGGUGUGGACUGGCAAAACCUUCUCAUCCCCAGGUCACACAGUGCUCAAACCACUUCCCGAUUUAGAUCUGCAGCCUUACCUGUACUCGUUGCCAAAAACCAUUGCAAAAUUUCACAAGCUUUUCAAGUUCUGUGGGUCAGUAGAAGAGGUGGUUCCCAGUCACGUGUUUGAAGUGGUGAGAACAAUAAGGCAGAGGUGCGAAGAGGAGAUGACAAAACGAGAGAGCAGACAGAACCUCAUCCUCUUGGUCAACAUACUGCGGUGGCUUUACAACAGUCAAAUAUCAGUCGAUGCAGACAUGCACGUUCCCAUCCUGAACUACAAAGAGCCCACCAAACUGGUGAUGAAACCCAUCCACGAGUGCACCUACUGUGACAUCAAAGUGGACGACUUGAAUGAUUUACUUGACGACGUUUCUGAGCCAAUUAUACUAGUGCACGAUGACAUCCCCAUGAAGACCGCAGAAUGGUUGAAAGUGCCAUGCUUGAGCACCCGACUGAUCAAUCCUGAAAAUCUGGGCUUCGAACAGUCUGGUCAAAGAGAGCCUCUCACCGUGAGAAUAAAGAACAUUCUUGAGGAGUACCCUUCUGUGGCUGACAUUUUCAAAGAACUCCUUCAGAAUGCAGACGAUGCCAAUGCCACAGAAUGCAGCUUCCUGAUUGACAUGCGGAAGAACCUGGAUAUACGAGAAAACCUCCUAGACCCAGGAAUGGUCAUAUGCCAUGGGCCUUCGUUGUGGUCGUUCAACAACUCUGUAUUCUCCGACACUGACUUCCUGAACAUUACCAGAUUGGGUGGCUCCAUGAAGAGAUGUGAAGCUGAUAAGGUUGGCAAAUUCGGCCUCGGGUUCAACUCCGUGUAUCACGUCACAGACAUUCCCAUCAUCCUGAGUAGAGAAUUCAUGAUCAUGUUCGACCCAAACAUUAACCACAUCAGCAAGCAUAUCCGUGACAAAUCAAACCCUGGAAUCAAAAUCAAUUGGAGCAAACAGCAAAAACGCCUGAGGAAGUUUCCCAAUCAGUUCAAGCCCUUCAUCAAUGUCUUCAAUUGCCUGCUUCCUCUCUCUGAAGAAUCACCAUACAAAUACAACGGCACCCUGUUCAGACUGCCCUUCAGGACAGAGCAGGAGGCGUCAUCGAGUGAAAUCAGCGGCGUGUACUACAACACAACAGACAUCUACUCGCUCGUUGAUGAGUUCAGCAUCUGUGGCCACAGGCUGAUUCUCUUCACGCAGCAUGUCGGCACCAUGGUGCUGAAGUACCUGAAGUACGAGGAGCCUAAUCCAGCCUUGGCACAGGACGUGGUGACCAUCAACAAAAGUGUGUGGUCGUCGAAAGCGUCCUAUGGUCCUCUGAGCAUCCUCAAGGCAGCAGCAAAGGUCAUGAAGAAGGUGGCAAACACCAACAGAGUCCCAGCAGAUAUCCCAAAGUCUGGCUGCAUCAUACGGAUCGUGGUGGAGGAGUAUCACAACGUUUUCAGGCGCAUCGUUGACCUCCACUCUCCGCUGUUCAGAGGCUCUGAGGAAGACCCGUCCUCGUACUUUGAGCUGGCAGCCAAGGGUGUACAGAGCAGAAGAAACACAGACGAAAUGCCUCAGAAAGGGGUGGAGGUGUCCAGUUGGCUCAUCUGUUCCUGCAUGGACGUGACCGAAGCCCUGAAGUUCUCCCUAAGUGAGAGUGGCCGACGGCUUGGCCUGGUACCCUGUGGCGGUGUUGCGGUGUUACUCACAGAAGAGGAGAACAGGAAAUGGACGAUGAAGACGAACUCGACAGCAAUCGGUGAGGUUUUCUGCUACUUGCCUCUCCGCAUCAAAACCGGCCUCCCCGUACACAUAAACGGCUGCUUCGCAGUCACGUCCAACCGCAAGGAGAUUUGGAAGACGGACACCAAAGGCCAGUGGAACUCCAUCUUCAUGAGACAUGUGAUCGUCAAAGCCUACCUGGCCGCACUUAGCAUGCUGCGCACAAUGGCCGAAAGUGGAGAGCUGCUCGAUUACAGCUACUACGCUGCCUGGCCUGACCCAGGCGCUGUUCAUGAUGACUUCACGCUGAUUAGCCAAGGUGUCUACCAAGAGAUUGCCAAAGGCGAUGACAGUGACGGUGCCAGGGUGUUCUCUGACGGCAAAACAUGGGUGUCCAUUAAGUACAUAAGGUUCCUGGAUGAGAGUCUGCUCAGCAGGCCUGGCAUUGGACCUGCGGCCUUCAAGAUCUUCUUGAAGUACCUGAAGAAGUGUGGCUCCAAGGACCUGUGCGCUGUUGAGCUACCAGACUGGGUCAGGGAAGGCUUUGAGGACGCAGGCUGCAAGGGGAGGCUGAUGGAAAACACCCUGACAGAAAAGCAGUUUUUCACCGACGUGUUUUUCCCACACAUUGAGGACAUCGACCAAGAGCUGAGAGACCCGCUCAUGCAGUAUGUGCUGAAUGACAAAUUGGACGAGUUCUCGUCCCUGCUUAGAGAGACCCCAUGCAUCCCGUGCUGUGGCCCAUUCCAAAAGCUGGUUUUGCCGUCUCGCCUCAUUCACCCAGAGGGUAGAGUGGCCAAGCUGUAUGGCACGCAUGACGGCCGUUUUCCAGAGGGAACCACGAAGGACUACUUACACCCAGUCUGUCUAGUGAAGCUGGUGCAGCUCGGCAUGGUGAAAGACGACCUGUCGUGGGAGGACCUGAUAGAACGUGCGGAAUCUGUUCUAGAACUCAACGAAAGUGAUCACUUAGCGGCCUGUCAGAGGAGCGGAAUACUGCUGAGCCUCGUAGAUGAGAAACUGAAAGUAAGGGACGCUCAAGCAAAAGAGCACCUGGAAAAGUUGCAAAGCAUUAAAUUCCUGCCUUUCCUGACCAAACCGGCAGGCUUCUCCCUGCCUUGGCAUGGGAAUAACUUUUCUCCCUCCACCAUGUUUGCAGCCACAGAACUAUUCAUCACAGACCACCAAGACACAGUCUGCCUGAUGAAGCCAAUUCUGAAUGAAAACUCCCCAUCGUUCAAGGGCUGUGGUCCAAUCACAUUAGCCGUGAAAGACUUCCUUGGCCUCAUAAAACGCCCUCCUACAAAUCUGGUCAUUAGUCAACUUGGAGAAUUGUCCAAAUCAUUUGAUGGCGUCACACUGUACCAGGAAAACAUCACAAAUGCCUGCUACAAGUAUCUACAUGAGGAAAUGAUGCAGGACUCCUCUGCAAAAGAGGAAGUCAUGAAAAAGCUGAAAACAUUCUGCUCGAUUCUGGUGGAGAACACCUAUGUGGUCCCGUCAAAAGUGGCCUUCCAACUGAACUUCGACGCCGCACCGUAUCUCUAUCAGCUCCCCAACAAGUACAGAAACAGUUGCCGAGAGCUUUUCGAGAACGUCGGAGUACAGCCAAGCUUCACUGUGGAGAACUUUGCAGCAGUCCUUCAGCAAAUAAAAGAAGAGUGCGGGCGUGGGCCUCUCACCGAAGACAACUUCCAGCUCUCCAGGAGAAUCAUCAGUGAGGGAAUAUGGGGCCUCAUAAGGGACAAAAACCAAGAGUUUUGUCAAAGCAAUUACGGAGAUAUUCUCCUACCAGAUACUCUUUUCGCCCUUCAGCCAUCCAGGUCGCUAUGUUACAAUGACUGUCCAUGGAUUAAAGUGAGAGACACGGCUGUUAAGUAUUGCCACGGAGACAUCCCUCGAGAGGUGGCCGUGAAACUUGGAGCGGUUCCAAAAAGACACAAAGCCUUAGAGAGGUAUGCAUCCAAUAUCUGCUUCACUACGCUUGGAAGCGAGUUUGGGCAGAAAGAGAAACUGACGAGCAGAAUUAAAAGCAUUCUUAACGCAUACCCAUCAGAGAAGGAGAUGUUGAAAGAACUGCUGCAGAAUGCAGACGACGCCAAGGCGACAGAAAUUUACUUUGUGUUUGAUCCGAGGACCCACCCCACUGACAGAAUCUUCGAUGACAAAUGGAUCCCAAUGCAAGGGCCCUCUCUGUGUGUUUACAAUAAUCAGCCCUUCACAGAGGACGACGUGAGAGGAAUUCAGAAUCUGGGGCGAGGUACGAAAGAAGCCAACCCUGGCAAGACUGGGCAGUAUGGAAUCGGCUUCAACUCCGUCUAUCACAUCACAGACUGUCCGUCUUUCAUCUCAAACAAUGACAUCCUGUGCAUCUUUGACCCCCACGCCAGGUACGCCCCAGGGGCAACGUCCGUCAGCCCUGGGAGAAUGUUCCGAGAUUUGGAUUCUGACUUCCGAUCUCAGUUCUCUGAUGUCCUGAACCUGUACCUGGGAGACCACUUCAAGUUGGACCGCUCCACCAUGUUUCGGUUUCCCAUCCGCUCAAAUGACAUGGCCAGAAUGUCAGAGAUCAGCUCCGUUCCUGCCUCUGAUCGCAUGGUCCAAAAUCUCCUGGAUAAGCUUAAAACCGACGGCGCUGAACUCCUCAUGUUUCUGAAUCACAUGGAGAAAAUAUCCAUCUGUGAAAUACAGCAAGGCACAGGUGAUCUCAAAGUCCUGUAUUCUGUGACUGCUAAAAUCACAGAUGGUGAUCGGCUGAAACGGAAACAGUUCCAUGCAUCUGUCAUAGACAGCGUGACAAAGAAAAAGCAACUCAAUCAAAUUCCCGUUCAGCAGAUAACCUACACAAUGGACAUAAAGGACUCAGAUGGGAACCUAACCUCUUGGCUGAUCUGCAAUCGAUCGGGCUUCUCCGACAUGGAGACGGUCUCAAAAGGUGUCAUCUCAGCCCACAAAAAUGAAGAUAUCACUCUGUUCCCGCGAGGAGGUGUGGCCGCGUGCAUCAGCCAUAACUACAAGAAACCGCACAGAGCCUUCUGCUUCCUCCCCCUCUCUCUUGAAACAGGCCUCCCGUUUCACGUCAACGGCCAUUUUGCCCUGGACUCUGCCAGAAGGAACCUCUGGAGGGAUGACAAUGGCGUUGGCGUGAGGAGUGACUGGAACAACAACCUCAUGACGUACCUGAUUGCACCGGCUUACGUGGAGUUGUUGGUUCAGCUAAAACGACGAACCUUCCCCGGCCCCGAUCCCACAUUGACCAUAAUGCAAAGCACCCCUAUACAUACAGUGAAAGACAUUCUGAGGAAGUUCCUGUUCUUCUUUCCCGUCAACAGGAUUGAGAUUCAGCCCGACUGGUAUUGCCUAGUGAAAGCAAUCUACAGUUCCAUUCACGAAGAUUUGAAGAGAUUGCUGCCUGUAGUGAGGGCGCCACACAUGGACAAUGCUGACAUACACUCGUCCGUGUUCAUCUCGUGGGUCAACACAUCAACGUCCAUUAAAGGCAGAGCCUUCUUUGACAACCUACUGCAAGAUGAGCUUCAGCAUCUGAAGAAUACAGAAUACAAUGUCUUGAGUCGCAAAAGUGUUGCAGACAACAUCUACCGUCUUAAGUCCUUGCUAUUGGACAUUGGCUUCAACCUAGUCUACAGCUGUGACGAGACGGCAAGCCUGUAUCUUUGUCUGGAGGAUUCUGGGAUACCAGUGCACUAUGUGACGUCAGAGGACGUUCGCCACUUCCUCACGACGUUCUCACACCCAGACACGUCCUGCCAGGUGGGCAAGCUGCCCUGUCGCUUGCAGCAGUCCAACUUCAAGCUCUUUCACAGCCUAAAGCUGCUGGUCGACUACUGCUUCAAAGAUGUGGAGGAGAGCGACAUCAGCAUAGAGGGCCUGCCACUGCUUAUCACUGUGGACAACAUACUUCAGGUGUUUGACUCCAAACGACCAAAGUUUCUCACUCCACAUUACGAACUCAUCUCGUCCCGAAAGGAGAUGUUCAUGAAUACCAUGUACAUGAAAUACAGCAGUGUCUUAUACAAGGCAGGUGUGGCAAAGCAGUUUGACAUCACCAGCUUUGGAGACCUCCUCGGUUCUGUCCUUCCACGUGAAUACCGCACGAGGAUGUCCGUGCGAUGGAAAGACAACUACGCCAGCGAGUCGUGGCUGAGAAGCACGUGGCAUUUCAUCAGUGAGCAGGUCACUCCAAAGGAGGAGCAGACCGACAUUAAGCCAAAGUUCGAGAUGGUCCUAGACAUUCUCAAAGACUGGGCCUUGCUACCGGGCAUCAAGUUCAUGGUGUCCAGCAGCAAGCUGGUGGUGCCUGAGCAUGACGUGUUGCUUCCCUUGAGUCUCAGCUAUGCAGCGAUAUUUCCCAACGGUCAGAAUGACAAAGUCUUCCACACACUAAUGAGAGCAGGGUGCAUUCAGCUUGCUGUGAACAAGAUCUGUGCCAAGGAGAACCCGCUCUUAACACUGCUGGCACAGCACACUGCUAACAUAGACAGCCCAUGCAGCAUCUUGAAAGCCCUGGAGUACAUGAUCCAAAACGCCUCUUUCAAAACUAGCACUUUAACUGACAAAGACUUCGAGUCGCUUUUGCUGUACUUCAACUGCAACUUGGCAAGCCUUUCCGAAGAUGAUGCGCACACUCUAAAACUGCUGCCCUGCUACAAGGCUGUCAGUGGUAGAUACUUAAGCAUUGCAAACUUUGCCUCAUGUUAUGUACUCACGUCGACCAUUCCCUCUGCUGACAUGGAGAAAUGGGCCCACACUACAUCGUCUACUUUCCUUGUGGACAACCCACAGCUGAAAGAGCUCUACAGCUUCCUUGGGUGCACACCCAUAGAUGACCUUGAGGUCUACCUGAAGCAUCUCCUUCCAAAGUAUGACAUCUUGACCUACGAUGCCAAAAUCCAACACUUGGUCUACUUGAAGGAAAGACUGCUAGCCAUGGAGGAUCCCUCAGCCAUCAAAGAUCAACUCUACGAAAAACUGGAAAGCCUGUCCUUCGUAUAUGACAGCAUGAACAGACUGAAACCUGCCAAAGCAUUCUUUGACCAAACUGUGAGGGUCUUUGAGGUGAUGCUUCCCGCCAAAUCAUUCAUACCCAACGACUUUUUCAGAAAGCUUGAGCAUGUGUCAAAGCCAAAAAACGGGACCUCCUUUCAUACCGCCUGGAUAACAUUCCUCCGCAACAUAGGUCUGAAACACAACGUGUCGCAAUCACAGAUUCUGCAGUUCGCAAAAGAAGUCAGUAUAAAGGCCCCAACUGAAAACUGGACCAAGGAAAAGACACAGACUACUGUCGAUGUUCUCCUGAACCACAUAUUUAACGAGAGAGCAGACCUGUUUGAGGGCAAUUUCCUCAAAGAACUCGCCAUGAUUCCAUUUCUAUGCCCCGAGCGUGCCCCUGCUGAGCUGGUUCGAUUGCACCCCCAGUUUCAGGAGGUCAACAGCAACCUCCCUCUGAUCCGAUUCAGCGGGUCCCAGGUCAACCCGAAAUUCAAACAGACAGACAUCAUCCAACUUCUCUGGACAUCGUGUCCCAUUCUGCCAGAGAGGGCCACUCCAGGAAGCAUUAAAGACCAAGAGGGAAGCUCCCUGGCUGGACAGGAGCAGCUGGACCUGGUCCUGGCGACGCUGAAUGUGAACUUUGACCCACCUCUGGAGAAAGUCAUAAGCAACUGCAAAAAUGUGUGCAACAUUUCCAGUGUCGACGACGACACAGUGAAAACUAGAAACAAAGUCUUGAGGUCUUCCUAUGAGUUUCUUAAUGCAGAUAAGAAAGACUUUCGCUUUUUGCUCAGAGGUGUAAGUUUUGUAAUGGUGGAAGACGGUUGGAAGCUUCUUAAACCUGAAGAAGUUGUCAUCAAUUUGGAUAAUGAAUCAGACUUCAAACCAUACCUGUACAAACUCCCUCUUGAACUUGGCACAUUUCACCAGCUUUUCAAAAUGCUAGGAACUGAGGAUGUUGUGUCAACAAAACAGUACAUCGAGGUCCUCUCACGCAUUUGCAGGAGUUCAGAAGCCAAGCGCCUUGACCCUAAUGAAAUGAGAACAGUAAAAAGGGCAGUUUCUGGACUUUUUAAAAGUCUCCAGAACGAUCCAGUAGAAAUCCGCAAAGACCUCGAUAGCCUCAAAGACUUGACAUUCUACCUGCCCAGUCACGACGGCCGUCUCACCAAGUCAAACACUCUGGUGUUCGACGACGCUCCACACUACAAGAGCAGAAUCCAGGGCAACGUCGGCGUCCAGAUGCUUGUCGACUUGAGUCAGUGCUACCUUGGCAAAGAUCAUUCACUCCACACCAAGCUGAUCAUGCUGCUCCCUCAAAAGCUGAGGCCCAGAUUACUGAGUAGCAUUCUGGAGGAGCAGCUGGACGAGGACUCGCCCAAAAUGUGCCAGUUUGGCGCCCACUGCUCGCUGCAAGGUCGCCUCCAACUCCUCCUGUCCUCAGAGCAGUUCAUCACGGGAAUGAUUCGAAUCAUGAAGCACGAGAAUGAAAACGCUUACAUGGUAAACGAGGAGAAAGCCAUCAGACUUUGCAAGGCUUUGUGCGAGGGCCUGAAGGUGUCCUGCUUCGAGAAGCUGCAGACCACUCUGAGGGUCAAAGGCUGCAGCCCCAUCCCGCACAGUCGCAGCGAGACUCUCGCCUUCCUGAAGAGGUACGGCACGUCCGUCAUCCACCUCUACAUCCAACACUCGGACAGCAAAGAUAUCAACUUCCUCCUGGCCCUGGCUAUGACACUGAAAUCCGCCACAGACAACCUGAUAUCAGACACCUCCUAUCUCAUCGCUAUGCUGGGGUGCAACGACAUCUACAGGAUCACGGAGAAACUCGACAACCUCGGCGUGAAGUACGACUCCACUGAGCCGUCGAAACUCGAGCUCCCACUUCCCGGAACGCCGAUACCGGCAGAGAUACACCACAUCCUCCUCAUGGACCCGUUGAAUGUGUUCUAUCCAGGGGAGUACGUGGGGUACCUUGUGGACUCGGAAGGAGGAGACAUAUACGGCACUUACCAACCAACGUACACGUAUGCAAUCAUUGUCCAAGAGGUGGAGAGGGAGGAGGAGGACAACCCCAGCUUUCUCGGAAAAUACUUUCAAAUCGACAUUGGCUACAGCGAGUACAAAAUUGUCAGUUCCCUUGAUCUGUACAAGUUCUCCAGACAGGAUGAAAACACGCAUAUCAAAGAUGGUGCCCCAUCUACACCCGAUAGCCCCUCAGAGACAACCACCAACACCCCUGGACCACGGAUGGUUCCUCCCCUGUUUAUGGGCAAGGAGAACCACAGAGCGCCUCCGUCUAAAGGCUCCCCGAAGAAGAUCAAACUCAACGCCAUCCCAGAGAUCCUGAGGGAGGUCACUUCGGUCAUCGAGCAAGCCUGGAAACUCCCUGAGACCGAGCGGAAGAAGAUCAUUCGCCGACUGUACCUCAAGUGGCACCCGGACAAAAACCCGGAGAACCUGGACAUCGCCACGGAUGUGUUCAAGCACCUGCAGAACGAAAUAAACCGCAUGGAGAAACAGAGCCAGGCGGACAUGGCUGCCGACAGGGCAGCGCGAAGGCCCUUCUCCACGUCAUCAACUCGCUUCCAGUCGGAGAAGUUUUCGUUCAAGAGCUUCUACACGUCCUGGAACCAGGAAGCCACUAGCCACAAGUCGGAGCGUCAGCAACAGUUUGGGAGUAACUUCACAAGCGGCACCGGCGGCGGCGGUGGUCCCGCACACACCAAUCGCUUCUUUGUGCCGCCGUCCUUCAAGUCCGUGGGCAACCCGGUGGAGGCUCGCCGGUGGCUGAGGCAGGCCAGGGCCAACUUCUCGGCCGCCAGGAACGACCUGCACAAAAACGCCAACGAGUGGGUGUGCUUCAAGUGCUACCUGGCCACCAAGCUGGCGCUGAUCGCAGCCGACUACUCGGUGCGAGGGAAGUCGGACAAGGACGUGAAGCCCACCGCGCUCGCCCAGAAGGUGGAGGAGUACAACACCCAGCUAGCGGGCCUCGCCCAGGACGUGAACAUCCUGGAAGGCUACGGCGUCGACAGCUUGAGGACGCGCUACCCGGACCUCCUGCCUUUCCCACAGAUCCCCAACGACCGCUACACGUCCGAGGUCGCCAUGAGAGUCAUGGAGUGCACCGCUCGAAUCAUUAUCAAGCUUGAGGCAUUCGUGCAGCAGAAAAUGUAACGCAAAGCAAUGAAGACAACCCCCCCCCCAACC